AUGGUCACCCGAGAAAAGAUGAAGCGGGCAGGUUCCAAGCAGGCCGGCAAGCCGCCAGCCUCGGUAUCCCUCACCAACAUAACAGGCCAGCAACCAGAGCCGUCUCAACCACAGCCUUCACCUUACGCACCGACCGCUGCCCUCCCCACCGCUGCUCCAUCCCACCAGGGCAGUGCGCAAUCACAGAAUCCGCCCAAGGUAGCCAUACCUCGCCUACGUCGCAAUAGCGAAGAAAUGUGUCUCUCCAAAGGAUCUGCAUCAGCGGACAAAAAUCGUGUCGCUCACGCAUGUGAGCCAUGCAGGCAAAGGAAGACAAAGUGCAGUGGAGAACGUCCGGUUUGCCAGCACUGCGAAGACUUCAAGCUCACGUGCAUGUAUGCGGAUGGCAAACGCGAUAAAACCAAAAAACAACUUGGUAGUCUGGUCGGCAGGGUCGAAGAGUACGAGCAGCUUCUCGAAGAGCUCAGCUUGCGUGCUGGAUUUGAAGACCAAGCCUUGAUCCGAAGGACCUUGGACAGAGAGCUAUCUCCGGAGGACGAUGAUGAAUCAGCAACCCCACAUAGCAAAAAGUCAGGUGUGCACCGAGAGCCGGCUGGGGAGUUCAAAGCCAGCGCUCGAGCUGGUUCUACCGAAUCCUUAGAUUGCAUUGACGAAGACUACAACCGAAACCCCGCCGCUCGUGCCACAGGAUACCAUGGCAAGAACUCGGAAGUGACUUGGAUGCAACGGCUCAAGCGACAGACCGGACAAGAUUCUGAGGAGCAGGAGCACGACGAUGAAGGCUCAUUGCCCAGUGGACAGUCAUCGCCAGCUCUUCAUAACGAGAUUUUCGGUUCAGAUCUUACUCCGAUUAGUGAAUCAACCUACCAUUGCGAUGACUUGACCUUGACUCCUCCUCAUCACGUCGACCCGUUCGAAAUGCCAUCACAGGCAACGGCGAAUAUGCUGUUUCAAAGCUAUCUGGAAACCGUUCAUCCUGCGUUCCCAAUUAUUGGAAAGAGUACUUUCAUCAGCCAGUACCAAGCAUUCCAACUCAAGGAGGAUCAAUCAAAAAUCAACCAGAAUUGGCUGGCCAUCCUAAAUCUGAUUUUCGCCAUCGGUGCUAAAUACUCCCAUCUCAUCCAAGCCGAGUGGAAUGGCGACCAAACAGAUCACCUGGUCUACUUCACUCGUGCUCGGAUACUCGGCUUCAAUUCGGAGGCCAUACUAGGCCACGCUGAGUUGCAGAAAGUACAGAUUACGGGUCUCAUGUCUUUCUAUCUGAUGGCCUUGAACCAGAUUAAUAGGUCCUGGUCAACUAGUGGCAUCGCUAUCAGGCACGCUGCCACCCUAGGCCUCAACCUACGAAACGAUAGCAAGGAUGUUCCGGAAACCUCAAAAGAGAUCCGAUACCGUGUUUGGUGGGCAGUGUGCAGUCUUGAACGUAUACUGGCCGUCAUGACCGGACGUACCACAUCUUUCUCGGAGACCGACUGUACUGCACCGGCGCCGCUCCCUCUCGAAGAAGAUUCCUUCGUAGGAAAUAAUGCGCCCAGUCCCCAGGAUAUCGCGCUGCUCCGGCGCAUGUCUAGUGAAGAAUCGCGACAGACUGAUGGCACAACGACCCCGCCGUCCUCAAUUAGCUACUCGUUAAAGUCCAAAAAUUCUCCAGCUGAUUCAAUGUCACCAUUAUCGCUGCCAUCGUCGCAAGAGCGGAAGCAAGCAAUACCUACCACUAACGCACUUUACUUCGGAUACCACACGAAGUUGAGCACCUUUAGCAACGUUGUCCUGAACCGCCUUUACCGUGCUGAUGCCAUGUCAAAGUCCUGGGCUGAUGUCCAAAACACUAUUGCGUCCCUGAACUCGAAAAUCGAGGACUGGCGUGGCAACCUGCCCAAUGUAUUUGAUUUCACCAAAAAGCAACGAGACCAACAAUUUGUUCGUGAGCGAAUGAGCCUCGGUUUCUUUUAUUACAGCAUCUUGGCAAUCAUCAACCGGCCCUGUCUGUGUCGGGUCGACCGAAGUAUCCCCAAUCAAUCAGACAAAGCUAAAGAUUUCAACCGCGAGACUGCUAUUAAAAGCGUACACGCGGCGCGAGAUAUGUUGGAGAUGUUGCCCCAGGAGCCGAAUCCAGUUGGUCUAUAUACAGUCGCUCCUUGGUGGUGUCUAGUGCAUUAUCUCAUGCAGGCCGCCACUAUUUUGAUGCUUGAACUCUCCUUUCGUUCGGAUCAUAUGCCCAACGAGGUUGACGAGAUUUUCGACUCGGCAAAGAAGGCAACAGAUUGGCUACGGGGUUUGUCAGAGAAUGAAGCGGCGAGGCGGGCUUGGUCCCUGUGCGAUGACAUGUUGCGCAAAGUUGCCUCGAAGGUUGGAAGAAACCCGGCUGAAGCUUCAACCUACGGAGGCGUCUCAGAUCACCAAGGACAUGCAGCGGAUCAGAUGCAGGGUAUGCAAUGCACCCAUUCCACACAGGGACCGGCUUCAUCGAGCAUGUUCCUUCCGCAACAUGGCUACGCGAGCUCAGCACCGUUCCACCAGCCAGUUUUCUCGGCUUACGAUCAAGUCCUCUCCUAUUGCCAGGUACCAACGACCUCGGCUUCCGGGCCUUUUAAUGACAUGUUCUUUGGGACUGACAUGGAAGCCAUACAGUACGACGGUUACGAUCAUACGGGGUACUCCUACGAGCAGGACCACCAACGAUGGUUCCCCAACGGCGGCGGCGGCGGUGAUGGUGCUUGCAGUGGCUCGAUGCUCCACACAUUUUCUUCUUGA